AUGCUUACUCUCACGGAAACUUCAACUCUCAAUACAAACUAUGUUAGCCAUCGUAAAAGCACUACCACUGCUUCAAUUGAUGAAUCAUAUAUGUCCCCUAUGGUACCAAUUAACAAUUAUACCCUUCAAACUUCUGCUCCUCAUGUAUCCGACAACUCAUCAAGACGACGAUCUACUGCAUCUCAACAAGAAUCAUCUAAAAAAUCAUUGGAUCAACUGCAACCUUCACUGACUAAUGCAUCAACAAAUCCUAUUCCUUCAAAAAAAUCAUCUGGGUGUCUCCGUAAGCUACAUACUGAUGAUGACGGGAAACAUUCUUCUGAGUUGGCAUCAUCACCUCUACACGAUAAUCACGAUAUAUCUUCAAUUUCUCAGCAUAUUCCCUCAAAAAGAUUAUUUGAUGAUUCAUCAAAAGUUGUUCUUUGUGUACCCGAAAGAGUAUCUUUGCUUGAGGCUUCCACUGAAUCCGAUUUAAAAAUGAAUGAUUCAACUCUAUCAAUCACUGAUAAUUUUAGUUCUGUAACUCCGAAAAUGUCUGCUAAGGACAUUUACAAUACCCCAGAGAAUAGUGAUGGGGAUACAUCCGCUAACGUUUCGGAUUGGGAUAAUAAUACAUCGGUUCAAUUGAAACCAUUUGAUAAUCAAGUGGGUGGUCACACCUCUUUUUUUCGAUUUUCUCAAAAAGCAGUUUGCAAACCUUCAGUACCAAGGGAACAUUAUUUUUAUGAACUCCUUGAAAAAUCCCAUCCUGAACUUUUACCAUUCAUUCCCCAAUAUUUGGGUACUGUUAAUGUGAUUAAUCGUGCUCAUGAUGGUGACGUAAAAUCAAUGCCAGAAGUUGUUUUUGAACAAAAUAAACAUCUUUUACCUGAAUGGAUGCUCAAUAGAGUUAAUUCAUUUGAUAAUCGUUAUAGUGAUGACAACAAACGAUUAUUUGAUAAAGAGAAUAAUAAAAUACCUUCGGUAUCUAGUGCUCCAAGUUUAUGUUCUUCAAAAGUGAAUCAAGAUCUAAAAAAUGAAGUUUUGCAAGAGGUAUUCUCACCUCAUGUUGUACGUGCUAGGAUGCGCCAAAUUCAAGCAUUACAGAAAGAACCCGUUAGAAGAAGGCAUUCGAUGACUAAUGUUACUACCCUUCGAAGAAAGUCUGAAUGUAGGACACCUGAAAUGUCUGAAAAUAUGUUAACUUUUGAUUCUCCUUGCGAGAAGAGACAGAAGAAAUUGACAGUUGCUUCCAGAAGAAUCGGUUCACCUGACCUAUCAUCGUCUAAAUCUGGUAAUGAUCAUGGUGAUACUACUUCGACAUGCUUAACUGAUUGUCGCCAAAUCCGUAGUUCUAGUAAUGAUCAUUUUUCUAGUAUGACAUCUAUGAAAAAAGAAAAAUCAAAUUCUUAUCCAAUUUCCACCGAAUCUACUUCACAUACUGGGUUUUUUCACGAGAAAGCAACUUCUGAUAUGCAUUCAGCUUUUAGCACGAGAGAAUUUUCAGCAUCAUCACAACCUGCUUUGCGUUUACAGUAUCCUACAAAGACAAAUUCUGAUGAGGAACUAGUCACUCUUCCACAAUCGCCUACUUCGAUUAAUAACCCUUGGUCUUUGCGUUGUUAUUCGUUACAAAAAUCAGACGAAGCGCUUGAUAAUGUGCAACAAUUUAUUAUUCUAGAAGAUCUAACUGGUGGAUUGAAAUAUCCUUGUGUUUUAGAUCUAAAGAUGGGUACAAGGCAAUAUGGGAUCGAUGCGAAGCCAAAGAAACGUGAAAAUCAAAUGAAGAAGUGUGCACAAACUACGAGUAAAACUCUAGGAGUUUACAAAUCAACCACAAAACAAUUUCAUAUUCAGAAUAAAUAUUAUGGCCGUUCUUUAAAUAAUGAAACAUUCUUUAGUUCAUUAGUUGACUUUAUUCAUAACGGCAAGCAUGUUUUAGUACACCAUAUUCCUGUUAUUCUUCGUAAACUUCGCCGUCUUGCAAAAAUAAUUCGUAAACUUUCGAACUACCGAUUCUACGGAAGUAGUUUAUUGCUUAUUUAUGAUGGUGAUGAGAACAAUCCACGAGACAUAGAUGUUAAGAUAAUUGAUUUCGCACAUUGUACUACGGGCAAAGAUUAUUUACCCGAAGAGUUUUUGAAUCCACCACAUGAAGGUUGCGACAAGGGAUAUUUAUUAGGACUUAAAAAUUUGUGUCAAUCUUUUGAAAGAAUCUAUAAAGAGACUCAUGGUAUUAAACCUGAAGAUGUUGGUGAGGAGGAGGAAGGAGUUUUUUCAGAAAUAGGUGAAGAGCAUGACGAUAAUUUCUCUGGAUAA